AUGGUCACAGAUUUGAACACAGCUGCUGGCAGCCCCAUCAGCAGUCACGGCGGAUGCGGAAAGCCCACUGGCAGGACCGAACUGGAGGGAGAGUGCCAGUAUCCGGCGAGGGACAAGUUCCAGAAGACUAAGCUCUGCACCUACUUCAUCUGGGAGGCCAAAAAGCAGUACAUGACACUGGGCGUCCGAGGGCGCUGCAGAAAGCGCAACCGGUGCCUGUUCGCCCACAGCGAGGCGGAGAUGAGGCCGAUCCCGGACCUCCGCUUCACGAAGAUGUGCCCUAGGGCGCACAGCGGAGAGGCCUGCACCGACGCCUCCUGCCAGUACGCCCACGACCCCCGCGAGCUCCGGGCGCCGCUCGCGAUGCCCGCGGCGCCCGCGCGCUCCGAGGAGGCGCUCGAGCUCGGGGGCGCCCCUGUCAGCGACCUCGCCGAGGACGACGCGGCCCUCGGCCUCGGGCCCGACCCGGGCUUCCGGCGCCUGCUCACGGAG